AUGGCAACGUCUACGGGGUAUUUCUGGAACAUUUAUACUACAUCCGCGCGUUUUCUUAAUUAAGAGAUAAUGUAUGCAAUUGUAGCUUGCACAAGCACAUGCAACGGGAAGAGAAGGUUGCAGCUUACGUUACUCAAAGUACUACGUGUGUACGUAAGGCUGAACCGGAAGCGUACUCUGCACGCCGUAACCGAGAACAAAAGCAAAAAAAAAAAAAAGAAGAAAUAAUCCGUCGUUCAAUUUUGUGUAUAGUGCUGGCAGCAAUUCGCGCGGGUGCAACCAUGCUACGAUGCAAGAUAACAAUCACGCUGCUCUGCGUCCUGUUGAUCGGACAUCAAGUCCACGCAGUGGUUAACAAAGCGCAAUCGCAAGCACUGGCCAACAACGAUGAAGAGAAUCCGAACGAAAUUAAGGCUGACAAAAGAAUAAGCAAUUACGGUCCACCUUCCGAUGAUUACGGACCACCAAUUGGAUCAAGUAUUAAAGGACCAGCGCCGGUUUACGGGCCACCAGAGCUAGUAGGUGAUCAAGGACCAACACCUAUAUACCCGCCGCCACCACCAGACCUUCCCCCACCCAUCUAUGGUCCACCAUUAGCUUCAUAUGGGCCACCACGGAAUAUUAAACCGCUUCACAGUCCACCAAAGCAAAGUUUCGGUGGCCCUCCUUUGUCUAUUUUGCCAUCGAAGCUAAACUUUGGCUCGUUGAAACUUCACUAUGGGCCACCAAAGCAACACUAUGGACCGCCGCAUUCGUUCGGUUCGUUUAGACCGCCGAAACCUCAGUACGGUCCACCAUUGAAAUUCACAUCUAAUCAAUACAUAGCGGUGGGAUCGUCGGGCCUUGGACCAACGAAAUCGGCGCACGGACCUCCUGUGCCCUUCGAUACCUAUGGUGUACCUCCGCAAAAACUGGCUGUUCAGUUUAGUUCACAACCGAGUGACAACUACGGACCACCACCACCGCCAUCGUUUGGAGUCCUCGUACCCGAGGCAGAAUACGGACCACCUGCUGCUGAUCUGUACAGACCGCCAGUCCCUCCGCCAGGCGUGCCAGCACCACCGACUCCACCCGAUAUAAAGUACGAUGGUUGGCAACCGAUCGCUGGAUUGGCCAAUCAACAGCCUACGAACAUUUACGGGCCUCCGUCCGAGGAGCACAAGGUCAUAGACGGUUCAUCGUUGGGUCUGCAGCUUCCACAGUCUACGAGCAACGUUAUUGAGAAUCCAAACGUACCGAGCGAUUCCUAUGGCGUUCCAAUUCAUAGCCCCGAGGCACAAGACUUGAAAACCUCGGUGAAGUCCAGUUCUAACGACAAUAAAGGAUUGCCGCCGCCUCCGUUGCCGGAGUACGAGCCGUUCCACAACGAAAGCCCGCCAAGAAAGGAACCUCCUCUGAAAGAUAUCCAAGGUGGGGUUAACUUGCAGUACGAAGUGCCAAAGGUAGAGCCUGUUUCUUCAAUCGUGAAGACGGUUGGAUUCGAGUUAUUACCUACGAAUCCGUCUCUAACCUCGGACCUUACUGCUGGACUGCCGACGUUGAAAUUACCCCUGCUUGAUGCCGGAGCCAGUUCGAAUUUUGGUAACGGGGUCUCUCACGCGUUGCAAAAUCUGGGAAACGAUUUGUCGUCCAAUAGCUACGGCCCCCCGCCGUUAUCAGGCAUCUCGUUUGGAAAGUUGAAUUCCAUCGAGUCGGGUAUUCCUUUGCCACCGCCACCUCCCGUGCUCGACUCCUAUGGCGCACCUCCUCUAUCAUCUCACUCACCUAACGGCCCUUAUCCCGCCGCCGAGGCAGGUCGAGCAUCCUCGUUCUCUUCCUUCGGGUUACACGGCAACUUGCUUUUCAAGCAAAGUCUGCAACACUAUCGUCCCCCUGGAUCCUUCAGACAUCCGCCGUCAUCACUCCCAGGCAGCCUAAUUCCGCCAAGAAAUCGCGAACCGAUCAAAUUCAAAGAAUCCAUUCCCAGCGGACUUUUGACUAACCUUAAUCGCUACUUGCCACCGCUGAGGCACGCGGAGCUCGCUAAAGCGCCAAAAACUUACCUGCCACCGUUGUCGUUCGAGCAACAGCUACCAAUCCAUAACGCUGCAGUCGCUUUCAAGGGAUUGCCUAGCGUCAGCUUCAACUCACCAAUGGCGGCCCCGAACGCUCACUAUGGAACGCCAUUGUCCUUCGGCGAUUUUAACACUCCAGCGCCGGUGUUGACGUACGGAGCGCCUAACUUUGGACCCGCUUCUUCCUUCGUCUCCAGCUCCACCGGCUUCGGCAACAAUUUAUACGACGUCGUCGGCAACGUUAUAACCACCACGUAUGGCACCCCGGUUGUGAAUUUACCGUUGUCGACAGGUGGUGGACACGAUUGCGGUCUCAGUCAACAAACAGGCGCCACGCGUUAUAGCUUCGAAGAUCUCGCUGGUCACUCGUUGAACGUCGGAUCUCACGGCCCGAGUUUCGGCGCAGCACUCCCCGAAGCUACUCCGAAUCAGAAUCCGCUUUUCAAUGUGGAACACUCGUUGUCGAACACUUUGAGCGGAUUGGACAACGUGCAGUCAGUUGGCCAGCUGAGCUUGCAGAACUUCGAGCAGCCUAAAACGAAUCUAAAAGACAGCUACGGCAGUUCGAUUGGCGUGAGUUACGCCGCCCAUGAGAAUACAGACAGCGUGGUGUCCAGUGAUCACAGUCAGUCGAACGUGCUUUCUGCACCACCUGCCGAGCAAUUGCAAGACUCGUUCUCCUCGAACGUUCGUUUCCAGCAACAGAAUAAUGGAAUUAGAGCUGAAGCUUUAACUGCCUCGGGCUUCGGCUUGAGUCAAGCGAAGAGCCUAGCCGCCAACGAAGUGGAUGCUAGUCAGUUUCUGAAUACUCACGCAGGCAGCGAAGCUCUGUCGCUGGUGAAGGGGCUGACAGCGAACGCAGACGGUUUCGAAGUUCAGGGUUCCAAGGGGACGUACACGUUGCAAAUCCAAGCUGCCGAUGGAGGAUUAGGGACGGAGAAUUCGGAUGGUAGUAUCAGGCACGAUCAGGUGCUGUCUAAUGGGCUCUUGCAAGACAUUCUCGCGGCUAUCGAACAAGGGUCUGAACAAGGGCAGGUACAAGUUCAAGGUCAUCCGGAGGAACAACAGUUGCAACACGUGUAUAGUAAUUUGCCGCAGACUGGGAAUACGGAAGUCCCCAAAGGACAUUAUAUCACCGUGGAACAGAAUGAUCAGAGGAAAGAUUCCAAUGGGUUGCUCGGGCAACCUGGUGACAAUACCGAGGCUGAAUCGAGCAGAGGGAUAUCCACGAAGAAUGAAGGCGUUGCUCUCUUCUUCAACAGUCAAUACGGUGACUCGAGGAAAGAGAUAAGGUCGGUGAACGCGACUGUUGCUUCGGACGAUGGGAAGAAUGCUAGCGAGAGAAAGUCCUCUUAAAUCGUUUCGAAAAUUCGACUCUCGUCGAAUAGAUUUGUUGGUAAUUUACGGUAAUUUAUAUAUAAGGGACGAGCUUUCCUCCUCUUUUGCAUUACCAAGUUAUGGUUCACCAAGUGCCGCGUAGAAGUUAUCGAUUAAAGUCAUUAAGCUAAAGACUAUUUUUAAUAACGAGAUAUUUAAAUUUUAUAGAAUAUAUGAAGAUUAUAGUUGCAAACGUUGACGUUCCAUUGAUAGAUUACAGUCCACAGGUGGACUUGAAUAUCUUCCUUCGGGUCGUAAUGGUUAUCACUGAUUAUCGAUCCGUCAAUAAUAUCUAUACAUUUCGUUUUAGAGUAUGCCAAAAUCACACGAUUGUGAGCAAGUCACGAUUUCACUAG